CUGGUCCCAGGGAGAUCGGCAGUGAGGAGCAGGGCUGUGUGCUGAGUUGCGGGUCGGCUUUGUUUCUCCUCCCAGCGCUGCCGCAGGUCAGCGGGCAUGGGUGGGGAGGGACACGCACUGUGCCAGCCGUGUGUUCCUCGGCGUGCUCCGAGAGCCAGGGCACCACCACAGUGCUCUGUGUGCCACCCUCUGUGCCACCCUCUGUGCCACCCUGUGUGCCAUCCUCUGUGCCAUUCUGUGUGCCACCCUGUGUGCCGCCCUGGCAGGAAUAUGACGGACCCCCGGGUGUGUGCUGGACAGAGGAAGCCCAGCCUGUCCUUUUCCAUUGAGGAAAUCUUAAAGAAACCUUCUGCCAGCAGUGUCCUGAGCAGUGAAACCAGACUGAGACCUCCGUCCCUAAAAGCAGGGUCAGGGGUGGCCUUUGAUUCCAGCAGCCAGAGACAGUCUGACUGUGGCUUACCUUCAGUCAGAAUGCUUCUUCCCACCACAUGUGCUGCACCCAUGGCCAAAGCAAGGAGAGUUCAGGCAGCUCACUGCAGAAGGCCUACUGCCAACCCAGUGUCCCUCCUGGGUCAGGACACGGGACGUGAAUGUCUGGAAGGCAAAAGGAAACAUGAGGAAGAGGAAGAUCAGCUAUGUGGUUUCCCAGUGGACCAUCCACUUCAUGCUGAGAGGAAAGGGAAACGAAGAAUCCGGACAACGUUCACAGCUGAGCAGCUCCAGGAACUGGAGAAAAUUUUCCAAGUGACUCACUACCCGGACGUCCAUAUUCGCAAUCAACUGGCAGCAAAGAUAAACCUCCCAGAAGCCAGAGUUCAGAUUUUAGAAGGAGUGCUUCAGAGACUGAAUAUUGGCUGGAGUGCCCCCUUUGCCCUCUAUCACUUGAUCUGGUUCCAGAAUCAGCGAGCAAAGUGGAGGAAACAUGAAAAGUUCGGGAACUUUGGUGGCCUUCAGCAUAUGACAGAAGUUGAUUUUGCUCCCAAGUCAGAUAUAACAGCUCCUAUCUUGAUGCCAAGAAAGCUCUCUGCUUCCUUUCCUGCCAUGGGAUACUACUCUCCACUGCAAGGACAGCUGACAACUGCCCGGCUGCCCAGCACGCUCUCCUUCGCUCCCCACCACGUGGAGCUGCUGCCCUUCCCAAAACCACACUUGCUCUUCCAUGUCCUGCCCCCUUACGGCUCGCUGCUACCCCACAAGUUGGAAAGGAGCAGCAUCUGUGCCAGCUCCUCUUAGAGGAGGACACAGGGUGUCUGGGGAGUGUGUUUCUCCCCAUGUUCUCCGUCAAGGUGUGCGGUUCCUCUCCUUGAACAAACCUGCUGGGAUGAUGGGUGGCAGUGGUGCCAGGUCACCGUGCUGGAGGACUGCUGCCGGGAGUUGCUGCAGCCCAAUGGAUGUGGGCAAGAGGCACCAAGGACCAGAAAGGAGCUCCUCAUCUCCCUGAGGAGCAGCACAUUCCAUGGAAACCCAGCCCUUCAGCCGAGAGCCUCUCCCCAGCGGGACAGUGCACCAAGCAGCUCUGUGGAAGGACUGGGAUUUUACUCAGCCACGAGACACUGGAUGACCCUAUUGCACUCAUGCCUUGGGGCAGGAAAGGUGCCUGGGAUAAAGUGUGCAUAGGCAUAAGGUCCAGAUAAAAGUGCUUUUCUCUGCAGGUUUUGGUCACUUUUCUCUUACAUUCUGGUACUGGGCUGCUGCAAAGAAUAUGUUUAGGUCAAAAAUCAAACUUUGAAGAUACCUUGUUUUUUUUUCCAAGUACUCAGUUGGUGGCGGGGAGGGGGAGGUUGUUUUGCUGUCUAUGUUUUUGACUUGAAUAAAGGGACACAAACACAAUCUGAGCUGAAAUACAACAGUCUGAGCUCUGGA